UCGUGUCUUCUCCAUUCUACGUGACAUUGGCGAAAUAAUCUGUGCCCUGUCGGCACAACUAAAAGCCAUUAAACUAAGAAUUGAAUUGAAUUCUAUUUACAUAUGUCAUUUAGAAUUUUAUUUAAAAUUUAAUAAUAAGCAAUAAAUACCAAAACUACGAAUACUAUACUGAAUUUAAUAUGGAUACUGAAAGUGAGCUAUUUUCUAACCCAUGCCCACACAACACCAUCGAUCCGACUGGAUUUGACAUAACUAUGAGUGCAUUACUUAUCGGAUUAGGCGGAGAAAAAUAUAUUAAUAUUUUUAGGAAACACAAUAUUGGACAGCGUACUUUAAUGGAAUUAUCUGAUGAAGACUUGAUUAAAUUAGGAGUUGACGAUGCCAAUUUAAGAUUGAAAUUAAUUGACGAAGUUAAAAAUUUGCCUAUUUAUGAGGAAACUAGACAUACAAGUACAACUUCAAAUUUAGACAUAUUGGAAAUAAUUGAUAUACUAGAGGAAAGUUCUCAACAUCUUUAUCGGAUAUAUUUAAGUAUGAUGUCUAAUACAUUAGCUUUAAAAAAGAAGAAAGUAGGUGACUGUUUGAUUUAUAAAGAUAAAUAUGCAUCAAAUAUUGCCAUUUCUACAUUAAGUAACAUGACAAAUAUCUUGAACUCAAUGGAUAUUGCGUUACACACUCAAAUAAAAGUUUUAUCAACAAAUUCAAAAAAAAGAAGAACAAAGAAAAUUGUUGUUGGAACAAUUGGUACCGCAAUUAUAGGAAUGUUAUCUCUUCUCUUUGUUAGAUCCUUGAAGCAAUUAUGAAAUGAA